AUGGAGGUAAAUAGUAAUGUGAAUUCUGUGAUAGCGAGGAGGCUAUGGAAUGUGUUGAGGAUCACUUUCUUUAUGAUAAGGAAAGGGUUGGUGUCGAAGAGGAAGUUGAUUAUGGACAUGAAUUUGAUGAUGAAAAGAGGGAAGCUUUUGAGAAAGUCUUUCAGUAAUCUCAUGUCUCUUCAUCAUCAUCACCAUUCUAGACACAUGACACGUGGUAGCUAUGGCAUACAGGAGUAUGAGUUCUCUUGCAGCAACAGUCCCAAUCCUGUUUUUUCCGACUUGUCAAAGCGCAAACACCAUUAUUUUCCAUGCAUCAACCCUCCUGAGGUUUUUGAAGAAGAAGUUUUUGAACGUGAGCCCAAGGCAGUUGUUUUGGUGCCCAGAACCCCUGAGUACACGUUCAACUUUCGAUUUGACGCCACCGACGGAGAGAAGCGUAGCCCUCUCCGCUCACCUUUCAAUGUAAGAAUCUCCAAUUACUCAUCAGAAGAUGAGAAUGAAAUAUCCGGAAAUGACAAGGUUGAUGAUGAAGCCGAGGAGUUCAUCAGAAGGUUUUAUGAACAACUGAGGAAGCAAAGCCGUAUGCAGUUAUUGCAGUAA